UAGUUUCUAGCAAGUCAGUCAGUCUUGCUUGGCUCACUGAAAUGUUUGAUCUGGCAAAUGGGUAGAGAGGUUUUGGUUACAGAAAAGUUGUCAGUUAUUGGUAUGAGCUUCCGGGUCACGUUAGCAUCUCGGCUAUACCUGAAUCCGAUCCUUACUACUGCGCUCAGCCCACUUGAUCAAUUUAGUGUCGAAAAAUUAUUCAUAGUCUUUUUUUAAGCCUCGUACCCAUUCACUUCACAAUGGCCAGCAUUAACGACAUUCCUUACAAAGUCAUCCAGCACAAUCCAAAUGAAGAAACGAGGAAAGUCCCUAUACCACUAACCAGCGAAGGUUUCUUUUUUCACAACGAACGAAUGAAAUUUACCGUAAAGACGAGCUCUCGCCACCAUGCAACGAAACUUCCCGGCUUUGUAUAUUUGACGAAUAAACGCCUUGUUCUGAUCGCAAAGGAGCCAAAAGACUCCUUUGAAAGUUUUCAAAUCAUCUUUGAGGAAGUGAUGUCGCUGAAAGCAAACCGGACUGUGAAGUCUACGCUAUCGUCGUACGUAUGCCAUACCGUCCAUGAACAUGGAAUCCAAGUCGAACUGGAUUUCCACGAUGCCGCACAAUGCCAGACAUAUAAUGAUUAUAUGAAAAUGAUUGUCGUUACGGCCGCUGCACAGAAUUUGGCUCCUGCCGAAACGGAAUUGAUGGAAGCCACUCGUAUUGAGUAUGUGGAGUUGCCGCCAUCUUACAGCACAGUUGCGGCGGGUGUAUCCGACCCGAUUCUGGAAGAAAAUCCCAUACAUCCAAGCCGUAGCCAAUCCAUCCCAUCCUACAGUGCCACUCAGUCGCUAAUCUAAAGUAGAUGACUUCAUCUACUCAAGCAUUGUAGAUACAUUCCGUUGUAACAUCAUAGCUGUAAAUACCCGUAGUUUUGAAUGGCCAAUUUUGCAGACGGUAAGAAUGCUCGUUCACUUCACCCAUUCAAUUCAUGCUUCAGAAAGUCCCAUUUAUUGCUUGACAUAA